UAUGUCAUAUUUAUGGAUUUUAUUCUGAUUUUACGACAUGUAAUGAGGCGUGUGUUCAGGGUGGUGAAAAGCGUUAGAAGCGAAAUUUCCGUGGUGGACUUGAACGUAGUAAGAGGUGCAUUGUCGACAGUAAUGGUUGCUUGCUUCGUUUAGCUGAGCUGGGUCAGUUUUAAUCAGCAUCGUACUGUUCACUCUUGUCUUCUUGGGUGUUAUCUUUUAUCCUUCAAAUUGAUUCAUGCAGCUUCACCGUCUAAAUAACAAAAACGAAGAUGACAUCUAAACUAAAAGCUGGGAAGGUCGGCUCCAAGAAUAAGGAGGAUGCUCCUUAUGAGUUGGAGAGCCAGUUUGUCUUGAGACUUCCUUCGGAGUAUGCCUCAACAGUAAGAAGGAUUGCCCAAUCUAGCAGUAUGAACAUGAAAGACAGACUCACCAUUGAGUUGCACCCUGAUGGUCGCCAUGGCAUCGUGAGAGUAGACCGCGUCCCUUUGGCGUGCAAACUGGUGGAUCUGCCCUGUAUGAUUGAGUCUAUGAAAACGGUGGACAAAAAGACAUUUUACAAGACUGCUGACGUCUGCCAGAUGCUGGUAUGUACACUAGAUGGAGACCUUUACCCUCCUUUAGAGGAGCCAACUGGCACUGACCCUAAGAGCAAGAAGAAGGACAAAGACAAGGACAAGAAAUUCGUUUGGAACCAUGGCAUCACCUGCCCUCUGAAGAACACGCGCAAAAGAAGAUUUCGGAAGACUGCGAAAAAGAAGUACAUUGAAUCUCCUGAUGUGGAAAAGGAGGUGAAGAGGUUGCUGAGCACAGACGCUGAGGCUGUCAGUGUCCGGUGGGAAGUAAUAGCAGAAGAUGAGUCCAAGGAAGCAGAUCAGCACGGCUCUCUGGCCAACCUGGACUCCUCACCUGGCACCUCAGGAAACAACAUAGGUCAUGGAUCCUCUGCCCAGCAUGAUGAACUGAGGGAGAUCUUCAAUGACAUCAGCAGCUCCAGUGAGGAUGAGGAAGACGAAGGGGACCGGCAUGAGGACGAGGACCUGAAUAUCAUGGACACGGAGGAUGAUCUGGUCCGACAGCUCCAAGUCAACGAGUCUGAUUCUGCCCAGCAUGAAAGUGACAGAAACAGCCAGAUAGUUAUGGAGUAUCAGGUGCAGAUCAACAACGUCAAGGCCAAGCUUCAGGAUACCCGCGCCCGAAAGAAACAACAGGAGGAGCUUAUCAUGAAAGUGGAGAACCAGGCCCUCAAAAACCGCUUCCAAGCCUUGUUGGAUGAGAUUAUUCUGCAGGAGGAGCGGGAGAUGGAGCAGCUGGCCUCCCUGCAGGAGCAGCUGGACUCGCUGAUAGAGAAAUGACCACCAGGGGGCAGCCUGCAUCUUCAGCCCCACACGCACGCACACACACACACACACACACACAGAUCGUGAAGAGGAAGAGGAGAGCCUUCAUACAGGGAAGGAGGGAGUCUUUUUUAGCUGACUUGCUGUCAUUUUUUUUUUUCCCAGCAUGUCAUUUUCAUACAUUACAUGGUGCACAGCAUACAUACUGGUUUCUGUACCAGGACUUUAUAGUUUUACAGAAUUUGUUGCAACUUACUGUAUGAUAAUGUAUUUGAUUAGCUUCAAGGCUGUGAUCUUUGUCUGUUUUGCUUGUCAUUCUGAAGACAAUUGGCUUUUACUUCAUCUUAACAUAUUUGUAUUUCAUUACCCGGUUGAAGAAUAAAUGACAUGUCAAAGAAA